AUGCUCCGCAAGGCCUCUGGCAUCACCACCAGCGCCCCGGAGGCGCGCUCGACCGCCAGUGCAGUCGUCGCGCGCGCGUCCCGAGGUCCCCAGGGCACCCAGCUGCCGUUCCCGUCGGACACGGUCUCGCACCGGUGGCAGCCUGACGCCAGCAUCCUCGAUGCGGCGCCAGACCCGCUGCAGCACGACGUGGGCGCACGGGCCGGGUCCGACGCCGCGGCGCGCGUGCCCGAGGGCGGGUUCGGGACGUCGGUGGUCGUCUGGCUGCGGCAGGACCUGCGCCUGCACGACAACCCCGCGCUGCACCACGCCGCGCGGCGCGCGAAGGCGCACAACUCCAAGGUGGUGUUGUUGUACGUCGACUCCCCCUCCGAGGACGGAGACGCGCCCUGGUGGGGGAAGUCGUGGCGCCCGGGGGCGUGCAACCGCCUGUGGCACCACCACGCGCUGGAGAGCUUCCAGGCUGACGUCAAGGCGCGGUACGGCCCCGGCGCCGCCGUGGUGUUCGCGAAGGGCCCGUACCUGCCCGCAGUCGUGUCCGCGCUGCAGGGCGCCGAGGCCGGGGCGCUGUUCUACAACCGGCGCUACGAGCCGGCGAUGCGCGCCGCGGACGACGGCGUGCGCGACGCGCUGCUGGCGCGGGGCGUCGCGGUCGAGUCGUUCAACGCGCACCUGCUGCGGGAGCCCGAGGAGGUGACGGUGGACAUGUCGCGCUGGGCCGGGCACUUCGGGACGCUGAUGCCGUUCGUGCGCGCGUCCGAGGCCGCCGGGCCGCCGCAGAAGGCGCUGCCGGCGCCCGAGAACCUGCCCGUCGGCGAUGAGGACCCUUCGGAGCGCUGUGGCGGCGUGCCGCUGGCGCAGCUGGGCCUGCUUCCCACACCCCGCAAGGGCGUCGACUGGGGCGCAGCCGUGGCGUCGCACUGGGACAUCUCCGAGAAGGCGGCGCUGGAGCUCCUGGACCGCUUCGUCGCCUCGUCCGUGGGCGGCUACGAGGCCGACAAGGGGUUUGCCGACGCACGGGGGGUCUCGAAACUGUCCCCCUACCUGCACUCGGGGCAGCUCUCCGCUCGCACGAUGCUGGCCGAGCUCGCGCGCGCGGGCGCCAAGGGCGCGUCCGGCACGCUCUGGCGCCGCCUCGCGUGGCGCGACCUGGCGUACUGGCAGCUGCACCACUGGCCCGCCAUGUGCCGCGACCCCAUCCGCGGCGCCGGGUACAACAAGAUGGUGUGGAACGACGACCCCGAGGCGCUGCGUGCGUGGCAGGAGGGCCGCACGGGCUUCCCGCUGGUCGACGCCGGCAUGCGCGAGCUGUGGCAGACGGGGUGGAUGCAGCAGAACGUGCGCAUGGCGGCCGCACUGUGCCUCACCGAGUACCUCGGCAUCCACUGGAUCGAGGGGCUGCGGUGGUUCCACGACACGCUCGUCGACGCGGACCUGGCGAUCAACAGCAUGAUGUGGCAGAACGCGGGCAAGAGCGGGCUCGACCAGUGGAACUACACCGUCUCGCCGUGCACGAAAGUGAGCGAUCCGAGCGGGGACUACGUGCGCAAGUGGGUGCCGGAGCUCGCGGGGAUCCCCGGCGCGCAGGUGCACCAGCCGUGGCAGUGCAAGCCCGACGUCCUUCGCAAGGCCGGUGUGGUGCUGGGGGAGACGUACCCGCACCGCAUCAUUCCGGGCGACCUGGCGGCGGCGCGGGAGGCGACGGCGCGCGCGAUCCGCGAGGCGCGCGCGAGCAAGCCGAAGUGCAUUGACGCCGGCGGGUACGACAUCAUCGAGCCCCCCGCCGGCUCCGUCAAGGGCCUCAAGGGCCCCCGGGUGCGUGUGUUCACCACGCCGCUGUACCGCGGGACCACCCAGGAGCUCGCCGGGCGCGACUUUGGGCCGGCGCCAAAGGCGGAGAAGGCGGCGAAGCGCGGGUCGGGCGCGGAGAAGGACACGGGGAAGAAGAAGGGGGGUAAGAGGAAUCAGUCCCCCCAGCAGAAGGGGGGCAAGGCCAAGUCCCGGGGCAACGGCAUGGGCGCGAAGCGGCGACGCGCCGGGGCGAUGAGCGACGACGGGCUGCGGCGGCGCAGCGGCAGGGACAGCGUCGAGCGCGCCCUGCGUGCCUACGAGCGCGGCGGUGCCGUGGACGAGCUGGUGGACGACGUCCUCGCGUAG